AGUGGAGUAGCGGGCCACUUCCGCUCCGUUACUGUGAGGUUGCGGCAGUUUUGUCCCUGGUAGUUUGGGUCAGUUCUGCGAGACCCUUCUGAAUUUCCUGGACCUACGCAUUGGAUCCUUAACGAACUGGAAGGCGAGGGUUGCAUCCACUUCCAGGAGGGGAGAGGAGCAUUUAACUUUUAUGGGGCACGGCGACCACGGUCAGGGUGUUUCACAGCCUUCUCCUUACCCAGCCCGACCUUUCCAAAAGAGCUGCAGGGAGGGACUUCUUGGCUUCUGAGGGCAAAGCUCUACGCAGGAUUCUGCUUUCCCUCGGACUGUAUCACUCAGGACUCUGAAUAUUCCCUGAAAUAGGAGGAAAAAUGACCACGUUGAAGGAGGCAGUGACCUUCAAGGACGUGGCUGUGGUCUUCACUGAGGAGGAGCUGAGGCUGCUGGACCUUGCCCAGAGGAAACUGUACCGAGAAGUGAUGCUGGAGAACUUCAGGAACCUGCUCUCAGUGGGGCAUCAAUCACUCCACAGAGAUACUUUCCACUUCCUAAAGGAAGAAAAGUUUUGGAUGAUGGAGACAGCAACCCAAAGAGAAGGGAAUUUAGGAGGCAAGAUCCAAACAGAGAUGGAGACUGUUUCAGAAUCAGGAACACAUGAAGGCUUGUUCAGUCAUCAAACCUGGGAACAAAUUUCAAGUGACUUAACCAGGUUUCAAGACUCCAUGGUAAACAGCUUUCAGUUCUCCAAACAAGAUGAUAUGCCCUGCCAGGUUGAUGCAGGACUAUCUAUAAUUCACAUAAGACAGAAACCUUCUGAGGGUAGGACAUGUAAAAAGUCCUUUAGUGAUGUCUCCGUCCUUGAUCUUCAUCAACAAUUACAGUCAAGAGAGAAGUCUCAUACAUGUGAUGAAUGUGGAAAGAGUUUCUGUUAUAGCUCAGCUCUUCGUAUUCAUCAGAGAGUUCACAUGGGGGAGAAACUCUAUAAUUGUGAUGUGUGUGGUAAGGAAUUCAAUCAGAGCUCACAUCUGCAAAUUCAUCAGAGAAUCCACACUGGAGAGAAACCAUUCAAAUGUGAGCAGUGUGGGAAAGGCUUUAGUCGUAGAUCAGGACUUUAUGUUCAUCGUAAAUUACACACAGGAGUGAAACCUCAUAUUUGUGAGAAAUGUGGGAAGGCCUUCAUUCAUGAUUCCCAGCUUCAGGAACAUCAAAGAAUCCAUACUGGGGAGAAGCCAUUCAAAUGUGAUAUAUGUUGUAAGAGCUUCCGUAGUAGAGCAAAUCUUAAUAGGCAUUCCAUGGUUCACAUGCAAGAGAAACCAUUCAGAUGUGAUACAUGUGGUAAGAGCUUUGGUCUGAAAUCAGCACUUAAUAGUCAUCGCAUGGUCCACACAGGAGAGAAACGGUACAAGUGUGAGGAAUGUGGAAAACGCUUCAUUUAUAGGCAAGAUCUUUAUAAGCAUCAGAUAGACCACACAGGGGAGAAGCCAUAUAAUUGUAAAGAAUGUGGAAAGAGCUUCAGAUGGGCCUCAGGUCUUUCAAGACAUGUGCGAGUCCACAGUGGAGAGACACCAUUCAAAUGUGAAGAAUGUGGGAAGGGAUUUUAUACAAAUUCACAACGUUAUUCUCACCAGAGAGCCCACAGUGGAGAAAAGCCAUAUAGAUGUGAGGAGUGUGGGAAGGGCUACAAAAGGAGGUUGGAUCUUGACUUUCAUCAGAGGGUCCACAGAGGAGAGAAACCCUAUAAUUGUAAGGAAUGUGGGAAGAGCUUUGGCUGGGCCUCAUGUCUUUUGAAUCAUCAGAGAAUCCACAGUGGAGAAAAACCAUUUAAAUGUGAAGAAUGUGGGAAAAGAUUUACUCAGAAUUCACAACUUUAUACCCAUCGUAGAGUCCACAGUGGAGAAAAACCAUUCAAAUGUGAAGAGUGUGGGAAAAGAUUUACUCAGAAUUCACAACUUUAUUCUCAUCGCAGAGUCCACACUGGAGUAAAGCCUUACAAAUGUGAAGAGUGUGGGAAGGGCUUCAACAGUAAGUUUAAUCUUGACAUGCACCAGAGGGUCCACACCGGAGAGAGACCUUAUAAUUGUAAAGAAUGUGGGAAGAGCUUUAGCCGGGCCUCAAGUAUUUUGAAUCAUAAGAGACUCCACGGUGAUGAAAAGCCAUUCAAAUGUGAAGAGUGUGGGAAGAGAUUUACCGAGAAUUCACAGCUUCAUUCCCAUCAGAGGGUUCACACUGGGGAAAAGCCAUACAAAUGUGAGAAGUGUGGAAAGAGCUUCAGAUGGGCCUCAACUUAUCUAACCCAUCAGAGACUCCACAGUAGAGAAAAACUACUUCAAUGUGAGGACUGUGGGAAAAGCAUUGUGCACAGUUCAUGCCUUAAAGACCAACAAAGAGACCAAAGUGGAGAGAAAACAUCUAAAUGUGAGGACUGUGGGAAGCGCUACAAGAGGCGCCAGAAUCUUGAUACGCUUUUGUCGUUAUUUUUAAAUGACACAUAACUGUUGUACUCAUUUAUGGGGUACAGUGUGAUAGUUAAUACAAGUAUACAAUGUGUAAUGAUCAAAUCAGUGUAAUUAACGUACCCAUCACCUCAAACAUUUAUCAUUUAUUUGUGUUGGGAACCCUCAAAAUUCACUGUCCUAGCUAUUUGAAAAUAAUACAUUGUUAAUUACUGUCACCCUGUAGUGGUGUAAAACACUAGAACUUAUUCCUCCUACCUGUCUGUAUUUCUGUAUUCAUUAACCAACCUUUGGCUACCACCCUGCCUCCUCACCUCUAAGAACUACUAUUCUACUCUCUACUUCUAUGAAGUUAACUUUUUGAGCUUCCACAUAUGUGUGAGAACAUGUGGUAUGUAUCUUUCUGUGCCUGGCAUAUAUCACUUAAUAUAAUGCCCUGUAAGUCUCAUUCACUUUGCUGUGAGUGAUAGAAUUUUGUUGUUUUUCAUGGCUAAAUAGUACUCUGAUGUGUAUAUUUGCCCCAUUUUCUUUAUUCAUUCAUCCAGUGGACACUUAGGUUGAUUACAUACCUUGGCCUAUUUCUUGGCUAUCGUGAAUGGUGCUGCAAUAAACAUGGGGGGUGGAGAUAACACUUUAACAUACUGAUUUCCUUUUCUUUGGAUAUGUUUCAAGUAUCAUAUAAUAGUAUGACAUGACUCACAAUUAAGGAAUAAGAUUGUGGAAAUUGGUUUCCAAAAAAAAAUUCUCUAGUUUGAAUAUAGAGAAAAAUUGGUGAGUGUCUUCAGCUGUCCUCAUACAAAAUGCAUGUGAGCUUGCUUUAAGCAUAAGUGAAGGAGUGGAAAAAUCCUGGAGAUAGAAAUCAAGGGGUAUACAUGUGGAUGUAAAAAAUCAACAAAGAUUCUUUUAAGAAAAGGUGUGUAUGGGUAGGGAACAAUAGCAUGACAGCAGUGCGGCCUCUAACAGUCUGGAACCAGUUAGGACAAAGAGCAGGAUUGAGCGCCAUUCCAUUCAUAGACACCGUGGUGAUAUUUUGAGUACAUUAGGUUAAAAGGCUUUCUUCAGCAAAAUCUAUCUCUAGAGAUAGAUUUGAUUUUUAUAAUCAAAUCUACUAGAGAUUUGAUUUUUAUAAUCAAAUCUACUAGAGAUAGAUUUGAUUUUUAUAAUCAAAUCUACUAGAGAUAGAUUUGAUUUUUAUAAUCAAAUCUACUAGAGAUAGAUUUGAUUUUUAUACUUAAUGUUCUAGACUGUAUCUUUUCAGGAUGCUAGGUACUUUAUGAAGAUCCAUGCUGUCUCAAUUUGCAUAGUGGGUUGGAGGUCCCUAAGACAAUCUCUCCAGAUUCUAUGAUUUGCUAAGAGGACUCAGAAUAUAGUUGUACUCAUGACUAUAUUAUAGUGACAGGAUACAAAUAAUCAGCAAAGGGAAAAGGUUCUUGGAUAAUAUCUGGAGGGAAUCAGAUGUAAAUUUGUAAAGAUCCUUUGUGCAUGAAGUAACAGGUCUCAAUUCCUCCCGUAUUGAAUUGUGAUCGUACUUGUGAAAUAUCUACAAUGCAAAUUAAUUAUCAACCCGUACCAAAGGUUCUUAUUGGGACUAAUCAUGUAGGUACCAUCCCUCUGGUACAUAUCAAGAUUCUAGACUCCAAGAAGGGGAGCAAGUGUUCAGAAUAACUUGAACCAUGCCUACCAGUUAUGGAAUGGUGGCAACCCUCUCAAACUCCAUGUUUCCUAACACCAGCUAAAGGCCAGUCUUAUAAGCAGUCCUUUCUAAGAUUUGCAGUCUCAGGCCUGUUAUAUUAACUUUUUGUGCACAUAGUAUUAGAAAACUGUUGGCUGCACUCUUCUUUUUGUUUUGUGUGUUUUGGUUUUUAACUGUCACCGAUACCAGAAUAGCUCAUCUCCAAGGUAACUGUAACAGAACACUCAGCAGAUUAAACAGAAAAUACUUGCCUAUUAUAAUUAUUAAAAGUUUGGUAGGGUCUAUGUCUGCUCUCUGGUGUGUCCUGGAUCAUCAACUUGGUUACAACAUGGUGUUAACAUGUGGGACUGAUUGUGUUUCUUGUUAAUAUUUCUGUUUCUCCCAACCACACUGAAUAUUAAAUACCUAGUUCUAUAUCUAGUACCCUGAA